AUGUUAACUGAUGAUGAUUUAUUGGAUAAAAGUAGUAAAAUAGCUGUAUGUAUAUUUGGUAGAUUAAAUUUAAUUAAAUAUGAUCUUAAUAUAUUUAAUAAAUUAAUAAUAGCUGAAACAAAUUCAAUUGUUAAUGUAUUAACUACAAUUAUUAUUAUUAAAAGCAUCUGGAAAUAUGAAUCAGUUAAAGAUUUAGAAGAAUUACCUAAUUUAAUGUCAGAAUUAAUUGAUGAUCCAAUUUAUAGAAAACAUUUAUUUUAUCGUGAAAAAUUAAUUGUAAUCAUAGCUAAAAGUGAUACUGUCAGACGUAAUGGUCGUGGAGCUGAAUCAUCACAAGAAUAA